AUUACGAUUAGGCUUCGUAGGCUACUAGAAGACAAAAUGAAACUUAAGAAAAAUGUAACUUAAAGCGAAAACGAAAGUUACGGUGGUGAGGAAGAAUGAACUUGGAUGUGUUUUUCGCUGGCUGGGAUGUGGUUAAAGACCGCAGCAAAACUUUAUCCGCGGACCAGGAGCCGGAGGCAGGCCGCGGAUACACGAUGUAUCACGGCACACUUCUGGCAAACGCCAAAAAAAUAAUCACUAAUGGGUUUGAACGCUCAAAAGAUGGACUGCUCGGCCCCGGAAUAUAUGUCAGUCGUAACAUUAAAAAAGCUCAAUGUUACCCGCUGCAGACUGACAAGAAUGAAAAAGUCGUUUUCAAAUUGAAAGUGCGUGUUGGGAAAGUGAAGAAGAUCGAUUGUGACAAUCACGCUUUCCAGAAAUCGUGGCACCAGAACGGGUACGAUUGCGCGUGGGUCCCACCACACAGCAACAUAUCCAGCAUCAAAUCUGGUCGCGAGGAGGACUGUGUGUGGGACCCCAAGCGCAUUAAGGUGGUUGACGUUGCUUGUUGUGUGGAUCAGGCUAAACGCCACGAGCUCAGACGGUUGAUCCGAGGGAAUGGCUCUAACAAACACAAGGAAGCGAGUUCUAAAUCUGAAUGCGACGUUUGCCAUCACGACGCAUCUGAAAGACCCCACGAUAUUCAGAAUUGUUGGGACUGCGGGAGAAAAAUAUGUCCUUUUCAAGACAAACACUUAUGUAAUAGGAACUAGCCCAAUUUUUUACGAUUUAAUUUAAUUUAAUUUGUAAGACUUGUCCUAUAGCUGUACAGAUAUUAUAGAAAUUUUAGCAUUGUUUGAGGUGGAGCAGGCUCCCUGUCUUCAACUGAUUAAUACUAAAAAGUAUUAAAAAAUGUAUAGAAUAUAUAAGGGUUUGUUAUGGUUUCAUGGGAAAUAUUGUACAUGCACUACCAUAAAAUUUGCUAAUCAUAUUCUGGUGACAUGAUGUAAACAUACUUUUACAAAUAUCUGUAGCCUGGCCCUAUAGCCUACUAUAUGACAUUACAAAUUAUAACUUAUGACAUCAAAAGCUACAUAGUUCACGAAUCUAUUGCAAUAAAUUCCAUGAAAAUGAUUUUAAUUGUAACAUUUUAAGGUUUAGGACACACCAGCACUGCAAAACUGUGAUGGCCCAUUAGAAAGGACUGAAAUAAUGCUUGGCUUAUUGAUUUUGUAUAAUCUCUAGCCCUGUUUAUUAAAAUAAAUGUUUUUAAUUUGAUCUUAA